UGGGAUGUCCCAAGAGUAUAUAAACACCCUCCCCUUCAACCGGAGACCAUCCCACCUCCAAGCUCAACCAUCAACACAAAAACCACCUCACCAACCAACCAACCAACCAAACCCACCCCACCCAAAAACCAACACACACAACAAUGUCAGGAGGCAAAGGAGGCAAAGCCGGUGGCGAGAAAGCUGCCAGCCAAUCUCGUUCGUCCAAGGCCGGUCUUCAAUUCCCUGUCGGUCGUAUCCACCGACUACUCCGAAAGGGCAACUAUGCCCAGCGAGUUGGAGCUGGUGCACCUGUCUACCUCGCCGCCGUUCUGGAAUACCUGGCUGCUGAAAUUCUUGAAUUGGCCGGAAACGCUGCUCGGGAUAACAAGAAAUCUCGAAUCAUCCCCCGUCAUCUACAACUUGCCAUCCGAAACGACGAAGAAUUGAACAAGCUCCUCGGUCACUGUGUUAUCUCACAGGGUGGUGUUAUUCCACAGAUUCACUCCGAGCUGCUCCCAGCCAAGUCAAAAGACAAAGCAUCCAAGGUUUCCCAGGAAGUCUGAUCGUUCCAACUUUCUUUCGACUCUUAUCUUUGUGUUUGCUUCUUGUUCUGUACUUCUCCCAACCUUCAAAAUUUAUGAUAAUCGGCUCUAUUUUUAAAUGUUGUUAUGAUUUGAAACAAAGAGUUGCAACUUUCAAAAAAUGUAAACUAUAAAGAACUACCCUCAUUACAUUUGUCGCACA